AUGCCUGGAAACAAUCAGACUAUCAUCUCUCAGUUCUUACUCCUGGGCCUGCCCAUUGCUCCUGAGCACCAGCACCUGUUCUAUGCCCUGUUCCUGGCCAUGUACCUCACCACUGUCCUGGGGAACCUCAUCAUCAUCAUCCUCAUUUGUCUGGACACCAAUCUCCACACACCCAUGUACUUGUUUCUCAGCAACUUGUCCUUCUCUGAUCUCUGCUUUUCCUCUGUCACAAUGCCCAAGUUGCUGCAGAACAUGCAGAGCCAGGACACAUCCAUCCCCUAUGCAGGAUGUCUGACGCAAGUGUACUUUUUUCUGUUUUUUGCAGCCCUUGAGAACUUCCUACUUGUGACCAUGGCCUAUGACCGCUAUGUGGCCAUCUGCUUCCCCCUUCAUUAUGCGAGUAUCAUGAGCCCCAAGCUCUGUGUGAGUCUUGUGCUGCUGAUAUGGGUGCUGACCACAUUGUAUGCCAUGUUGCAUACUUUGCUCUUAACUAGGUUGUCUUUCUGUAAAAACAAUGUGAUCCCCCAUUUUUUCUGUGAUCUGUCUGCUCUCUUGAAGCUGGCCUGCUCUGAUGUUCACAUUAAUGAGUUGGUGAUAUUGAUCAUAGGAGGGCUUGUUGUCGUACUUCCAUUUCUGCUCAUCAUUGUGUCUUAUGCACGCAUCAUCUCCUCCAUUAUCAAGGUCCCUUCAACUCGAGGCAUCCACAAGCUCUUCUCCACUUGUGGUUCUCACCUGUCUGUGGUAUCACUGUUCUAUGGGACAAUUAUUGGCAUCUACUUAGGUCCCUCUGAUAAUAACUCUACUCUAAAAGACAUUGUCAUGUCUAUGAUGUACACAGUGGUGACUCCCAUGUUGAACCCUUUUAUCUAUAGCCUGAGGAACAGAGACAUGAAGGAAGCUCUAAAAAAAGUGUUUCAAAUGAAAUCUCUCCUAUGA